CGAAGGUACAGCACGGCAUCAGCAUAUAAACACCGGUAGCAUUGUGUUUUUGUUUCAUUUAAUUUCACGUCUUCGGUUUAGUAAUGGAAUUCAUAGAUCCAGAUCUGAUAGAUUUAUGUUGUUGUUAAAGUUUCCAAAUAGAAAAGAAAAAUAAAACCCUCAUGAGAGUUUCCUCAUUCAUUGAUGACUGUUUUCUAUGUCUAGACUACUAUUUACAACCUAUGUUAGAGUCACAUUCAUCACAUUGUCAAUGAUUGUCAGUGUAGACUAGUUACUGUAGACUGUAGCAGUGUAUGUAAUUAGAGCUAGUAGAGUCUAUAUACUAGAGUGUUAAUUAGACUUAGACUACUCUAGACCAGUAUUGUUGUACUACAAAAUAAUUUUAUAUUGAGUUCAACAUAUGAUCAUAUAGAUAGAUCUAGUAUAAUAGUGAUCGCACGGCACAGCCAGGUCUAUUUGAUAGAAUCAGGACAAGAAUGAUUAUAUCUCGAAUUCUGAAGCAUUUUAACUGAUCAUAUUGUUUACCACUAUUACUGGCAUCCUCAAUCCUGCAAUGGGAGAGAAAGAAGAUAUGCUAAGGACUUUGCUAUUUGAUGAUACAGACAAUUUUGAACCUACUUGUCAUGACAGAGAAAUCAAUUUAGUUUGUGAUGUUCCCAUUCACCUGAACAGAGCCAAUAUUACAAAAUGUACAGACAGAGAGAAUCACAUUGUAAGUCAACAAAACAAAAAUGCUAUUGGAAGUAGCUUUAACUCUCAGCAGCCAUGUACACAGCAAUUAAAUCAAGGCUUCAAUAUGCCUGGACAAGUACUAAAUAGCUUCAAUGCAACUUCAGUAUUUCAUAAGCCUAUAACAAGCCUUUCUGCUGUCAUGGGCAGUAAUCAUUAUAGGCCACUGAGGCCAGCUAGCACACCUAGCAAUGACUUAUUUAGCCAUAACACCACAAAUGCUUUGUCCAGUCACAACACUGCCACCAAACAGACAUUUCAAGCAGAUGUGAACUUAAAUCCUGCAUUUCUCAAGCACUGCCCAGCAUCUUAUCCACAGGCACUAAAUGGAAUGUUUAGUCGUAAUAUGCAUGCAUCACCCAAUCUCAGUGAACCCUUUAUUCAAAAAUCUUCAGAAGUGUCAGCUUUUGAUUCCAGCCAUAGUGUGUCAGCUUUUGAUUCCAGCCAUAGUGUGUCAGGCUACAAUCCUGCAGUUUUGUCUCCUCUUGCACCAAAUGUGAUUUCAAAUUUAGGCUCAGUCCAUGUAUUGCCCUCAGUUCCUAGUCAUUAUAAUUCUUCUCCUACUAAUGGAUUACAGGCCGGAGCAGCAGUUAAUAUGAUGUCAAUAUGUGAUAUUUCCAAAAAAUCAGAGAGUUUGUUGAAAUCCUGCUUCACUGGACAGAUUCAUAAAAGUGAGCAGUAUGAUAUAUCUGGUGGACAAAAACUUGCUUCGUCAGGCACACCAUCACAACCAUUACCUACUGGUUCAUUUCCUAAUCAUUCACACUUGACUGAAGACUCUAGUCAUAUAGCACUCAACAAAAGUAUUACUCAGAGCUAUGCCAGCCUUGUACCUUGGACCAGUAAACUUACUGCUCCUGGCUAUGAACCACUUCCAAUGCCUGCUUUUGAUGCUAUGCCGAUUACUUUAGAAAACUCUGAGAAAGGAUCUGCUUUGUCUUUGUCACCCACAACCCAGUCCACAACGUCACGCAAUCUACGAAGUCUACCUUUAUACAGCCGUCUUCGGACAGGUGUAGCUUGUGAUGAAACAAACUUAUUGACUAAAUUGAAAAAUGGGGCUGUUCGAAGCUCAUCUCAGUUUCAGAGGCUCAACUGUAAAACUCUCCUAAAUAAGGAGCAUCGUUUUAAAAAGACAGCAGACGCACUUCAAAAGUCUGGACUUUGGGAAGUAGCUAUGAAGACAGGUAACCUUAUCAAACGCAAUCAGGAACUUCAGAGAGAACUAGAGCUGUUCAGAGCAGAUGCCUUGGCAUUCCUUAAAUCUGUGAUUAAGAAUCCACAAAAUAGGGAUUUCCUAAAGCAGGUAUUGAACAAUGCUUUAUCAACAAAUUCCAACUCUCGUGGCAGCCCAUCUGUUAUGUCUGUUGUAGUUUCUGCUGCUGCGGCAGCUGCAGCUUCUGGCAGACUGGACUCUUGUGGCUCACUAAACAGCUGUGUGCCAGAAACUAUGAAUAUUGUAGACAAUCAUAUGACUAGUGCAAUAAACAACCAUUUGUCUGACUGUAAUACAGUAGUUGCAAUGGACAUGAAAUAACACACACAAAAGUAAUUUCAUCUUUAUAAUUUAUAUUUUUUAAAUUGUGAUAAUGUUGAUAAAGUGUGUACAAAUGUUGAUAAAAUAUGUACCAAUGUUGAUAAAAUAUGUACGAUUGUAUACAAUGAAAAGGGCAUCUUCAUUUUUUUUUCAGUUUGUUGUUUAAAAGUUCCAUUUUUUUUUUUGUGAUAACUUAUUGCCUUCUUUACUUCAUUGUUCUGUGAUUAAGAGUGCUCUGAAAGCUGUGUGACUUUGGGUUGAGACCUGAUAGCUCAAGUCUGCAUUUAUUGUCUUGAAACAUUGUUUUUUUUUAUUAAUGUCUCAUUAUAACAUCUGUCAACUAUAAGCAAGUUUUAUUAUAUUUUUUUUUACUUAACAUCAUUGUGAUGUGUGGCUAAACUUAUGGCCAAUCUGCUCACUAGUUUUUUGGCUAUUGACUAAUAAGUAUAAUCCUUGUUUACAAAUUAAUGCUGAGUCUAUAAUUCAAACUUUUACUACGAUUGCUUAAAUUUAAGUUUGUUAUAGAAAAGUCUGUGGUGUGAAAAUGAAAUAAUUGUAACUCAAACGUUUAUUAGAAUUUUAAACUACUUGAAAGUUUUGUAGAUGGUUAAAAAGUUUUCUUAGCUAAAUGAUGGAAGAUAUUCCUGUUGAAAAAAUUGUUUUCUUAAACCAAAAUGAUUAUAGCACCAAGGAAGUAAAGUUUUACCAGUUAGAUGUGUCCAUUAUAAUAAGAUCUUUUGGUCUUUUGUAAAGCCAUUAGGAUAUCACUAUUUUAAAUAUUGACUAUUCUGCAUUUGAUGCUUGAAUCGUUGACAGUUGCAUUGGUUAACAUAUAAUGAGUAAAUUAUUUAUUUACAGUAUAUACAUUUAUACGGUACCUUUGUUAAUACUGUAUAGUUUAUAUAAAUAUGUUUGUAUCACUCUAUAAAGAUCUAUAGUAUAAAAGGCAUUAUGCCGAACAGCCCAGUUUCUUGCCAGAGCACUAUGGGAGGAUUAGUCCUUCCUGCUCUGAUUUUUCAAUAGGAGUUCAUCUCAGGUAGUAUACAACUUCUAAAUGAACUUAAAAGAUAGUGACUUGAUCUUUAAAGUCAUUUUAAACAAGUUUUUUUUUUAUUACUGGUAGCACAUUUCUUUGUUGAAUCUUUUGUUGUCAUGACUACUAAACUACUUUACAGCUAUGCUGUCUUUUAAGUUCUGACUGCAAAACAAUUUCACAACUAUGGUGCUCUUUCAACUAAAUGUUGCCAUGACUACUAAAACAUUUCACAGCUCUGGGGUUCUGCCAUGACAACUUAUACUUAUCUUCUUGAAUAUUUUUUUUCCUCUUAUUACUGCAAUAAUAGCCUACAAAAAAAAAAUGUUAAUGUUAUAAUUACAUUAUUUUAUUGCUAUGACUUUGCUGUGAUGUUAGAACUUUUGUAUAAAUUUAUUUCCAUUUAACUUGACAGCAUAAAGUUUGUUUUGUUUCUUUCA